AUGUCUCUGUUCUCCGGUUUAGUUUCUGGAUUUGCUCUGCAAAACCUUCCAAUCACAUCGUUCGAAGAAGGUUACACGCAGCUUUUCGGUGACAAGAACUUGAUUGUUCAUAGAGACGGCAAAUCCGUCCGGUUAACGCUCGAUGAAAGGACCGGUUCUGGGUUUGUUUCAAAUGAUCUUUACUUACAUGGAUUCUUCAGUGCUUCGAUCAAAUUACCCUCUGAUUAUUCAGCUGGAGUUGUUGUUGCUUUUUAUAUGUCAAAUGGAGAUAUGUAUGAGAAGAAUCAUGAUGAGAUAGAUUUCGAGUUUCUUGGGAAUAUUAGAGGAAAAGAAUGGAGGAUUCAGACAAACAUUUACGGAAAUGGGAGCACUCAUUUGGGAAGAGAAGAGAGAUACAAUCUCUGGUUUGAUCCAACUGAAGAUUACCAUCAAUACAGUAUCCUCUGGUCUGAAUCACACAUCAUAUUCUUUGUAGACAAUGUUCCAAUAAGAGAGGUCAAGCGAACGGCGUCGAUGGGCGGUGACUUUCCGUCAAAGCCGAUGUCUCUCUACACAACAAUAUGGGACGGUUCUAAAUGGGCGACUAACGGGGGCAAGUAUGCUGUAAAUUACAAAUAUGCCCCUUACGUAGCGCAGUUCUCUGAUCUAGUACUUCACGGCUGCGCCGUAGACCCGAUCGAGCAGUUUCCGAAGUGUGACGAAGGAGCGGCUGAGGAUAUCCGCGCGGCGCAGGAGGUUACACCGUUGCAGAGGGGUAAAAUGAACGUUUUCAGGAGGAAACACAUGACUUACUCCUACUGCUAUGAUCGGAAGAGGUACAAUGUUGCUUUACCUGAGUGCAUGGUGAAUCCUGCGGAGGCUAGGUGGCUUAAGGUUUAUGAUCCGGUGACGUUUGGCGGUAUUCCGAGGCGCCACCGCAGCGGAAAACACCGGAGUCAGAGAAGCCGUGCUGAUGGAACAGAGUCGAUGUAA